GUCACAAAAUUUCACUCACUAUUGUCAGUGUGGCUCCAUACGGUGCGGCGUCAGUCGACUUUUGGAUUUGAGACUUAUUGCACUGUCUUCAGAUUCCUAAAAGACAGAGACGAAGAUUGAAGGACAAAAAUUGUCACACUUUCGCGUCUCAGGAAAUGAUGUCCGAGUGGCCGAAGCAGCAACAGCCUGCCCAGGAGCAGCCUGCUCCGAGCGCACCCCUUCCUCCGGGGGCGCCAGCCAGUUCAGGGGUGCCUACAGGUCACGGGAUCGGCUCAAGCAGCGGCGGCAUCGGUGGAAUCCAGCUCGACCUGUCACACUUCAUCCGCACCAUCCCUGGGAUCCUGAAAUUGGUGCAGUUCGUCUUUGGGAUUAUUUGCAUCGCGUGCUCAGCUCCUGCCCUACUCGCGGGAACUCACUGGUUCCUCUUCGUCGUGGUCACCUCAUUCCUCAUUACUUUCCUCUGGAUAAUCAUCUACUUGUUUUGCAUUAAGGAGGUGUUCAAAGCCAUCCCUUGGAACUUGGUUGAACUGGCGUGUCACGGGGGCAUCUCUGUAUUGUACUUGACUGCAUUUAUCACACAGCUUGCCAUCUGGUCUCCUUAUACUGGUGGGGUCACAGAUGCAAAUUUGGCCGCUGGAAGUUUUGGAGUGUUCAAUUUCAUCGCCUACUGCGGCAGCACUUAUUUCGCAUACGCAGAGUGGAAAGCCGAACCUAUUACUUCAUAGAAAAAAGCUGAACCAUCCAAAAAAGAAGAAAUAUGUCCAAAUAUGUUUCUUAUUUCAAGCCAACUGACUUUUUUACCUCAAGUGUUUAAUUUUUUCUAUUCUAUUGAAUUUAUGAUAUAAAUAUAAAUAAAAAACGAAAAAACAGUACACCGUUGGACAGCGCGAGACUUUGUUUUCUGUUUGUAUUUCAAACGCUAUGCAACCAGCACCAGCUCGGAUGUCGAGCAGGUUGCAUAACACGCAAGGUGCUUACACAAUAAAGCUGGGUUUUACAGCCGGUGUAAUAA